UGUCCGCGACCAGUGACGGCAACGUGUGUUUCCGACUCAAAGUUGUUUGUCUGUGAUUAUUGGUAUAUUUUAUAUUGUACUAAAUUCUGUGUGCUAAUAAUGCAAGUCUCCAAUCCAAAUAAUGUGAAAAUCUACAAUCUGAGUGCAGGAAAGUCCUUGCCAGAGUGGCUUUCAGAAAGAAAGAGGAGGGCACUACAGAAGCAAGAUGUUGAUGUUCGACGCAGGAUCCAGUUGCUGCAGGACUUUGAAAUGCCGACAGUCAGCAGCUGUGUACAGGCAUCUCAGGAUGGAAAUUAUCUCUUUGUGACUGGAACGUACAAACCCCGGGUGCGAUGUUAUGACCUCAACCAGAUGUCCAUGAAGUUUGAGCGCUGUUUGGAUGCAGAUGUUGUCAAACUUCUGACCUUGUCUGAAGAUUACACCAAGCCAUGCUUCUUACAGGCUGACCGCUUUGUGGAGUUCCAUUCCCAGGGGGGUCGGUACUACAGGACGAGGCUGCCUAAGUAUGGGCGGGACAUGGCAUACCACUCCCCCAGCUGUGACAUGUACUUUGUGGGGGUCAGCUCUGAAAUUUAUAGGCUCAAUCUGGAACAAGGUCGCUUUCUCAAGCCACUGGUUGCCUCGGCAACAGAGAUAAGCUGCUGUGAGUUCAAUCCUGUACAUCACCUGUUUGCUUGUGGCACCAAAGAAGGUCAGGUGGAGUGCUGGGACCCCAGGACAAGAACUCGGGCUGGGGUGUUAGACUGUGCACUCAGCUCUCAUAUAGAGGACAUGGAAGUAAACACUAUCCCAUCCAUUACCUCUCUCAAGUACAGGGAUGGCCUUAACUUGGCUGUGGGGACCAGUACUGGACAUGUAAGUAAUGUGAUCUUAUAUACUGACAUACGCUCCGACAAGCCCAUGUUAGUGAAGGACCAUCAGUAUGGACUGCCCAUCAAAUCUAUACAUUUCCAAGAGUCACAAGACUUGGUCCUCUCUAAUCGCAUCCUGAAAAUCUGGAACAGGCAUACGGGCAAGGCCUUCACAGCCGUGGAACCUGGCACUGCACUGAACGACCUCUGUGUGUUCCACAACACAGGCUUACUGUUCAUGGCUAACGAGGCACCCAAAGUCUUAGCCUAUUACAUACCCGGACUUGGGACAGCGCCGAAAUGGUGUGCCUUUCUGGAUAACAUUACAGAGGAGUUGGAGGAGACUGCUUCCUCUAUAGUUUAUGAUGAUUACAAAUUUGUAACAAGACGAGAACUGGACGAUCUUGGCCUCUCUCACCUGAUUGGCUCCAGUCUGUUACGAGCGUACAUGCAUGGCUUUUUCAUGGACAUGCGUCUAUACAACAAGGCCAAGUCCAUAGCUGAUCCCUUUGCCUAUGAGGAAUACAGGAAGAGUAAAAUACGAGAGAAGAUAGAGCAUGCUAGAGAGAACCGUGUUCGACUCAAGAAACUGCCUCGAGUGAACAGAAUGUUGGCGGAGAAGCUAGUGGAGCAGGAAGAGAAUCCUGGCUUUGGCAAGAAGGGAAAGAAGGAGCCAGUAGGAAGUUUAUUGAAGGAUGACCGUUUCUCAGCCAUGUUCCAAAACCCUGACUUUCAAGUGGACACAGAGAGUGAGGAGUACAAGCUGCUUAACCCUGUGGUCUCCAAGCUGGACAAGCAGAGGAUGAAAAAACACAAACUGCCACCUGGUGGCCAGCAGUUUGAGGAAGUGGAGGGUGGGCAAAGCGAUGGAAGUCCCGAUGAUGAUGAGGACAGUAGCAGCAAUGAUGAAGAUGAGAGGGCGUGGAAGGCUGAACUCAAAAAGCAGCACCGCCUCUUAAGAACGGAAAAGCGACUGAGGCGUCACCAUGACGACGAGAGUACCUCACAGAAGCCCAAAUUCUAUGAGAUCAAGGAAGGGGCAGAAUUCAAAAGCUUAAAAGAUAAAAGUAAACAGUCAAAAGUAUUGAAGAAGAGUUUAGCUGAGAGACUGGAGGAUGAAGUGGACCAAUCAGAGAUCAGGCAGGCUGGCAACUCCAUUGGCAACAAGGAACUCACCUUCUCACUGAAAAAGCCCAAAACAGAGAGUCGUCGUCAGUUACUGAGCAAACAACACCAUGCGGAAAGACGAAAGAUCCGCAGGUCUGCUGCUGAUAUAUCCAAGGGCUUCAAAACCAAACCAAAGUUCUGGAUGGGCAAGAGAGUCAAGUGAAUGUGGUACGGGAGUCUGGAAACGGCUGCAUGUUUGUCUAUGAACAUUGAUUGUGUAAAUGUACUUCUUGUGGACAAUAGAUUCACCACUGGGUGCGCUACAUAAAGUCACACAUCAUAUGAUGACAUGGUGGGUGUACAAGUCAAAUACAUUGUGUUUUUUCAUAAACACAGCAGUGGUUCAUGCCAUUUCUUUUUGUGAAUCAAGUGAUUGGAGCCAUCUUGUGUACAGGUUGAUAGCUGGAGUCGUCUUGUGAACAGGCCAAAUAGUUGGAGGCAUCUUGUGUACAGGUCAAAAGGUUGGACAUCUUUUGCACGGGUCAAGUGGUUGGACCAUCUUGUGCACAGGUCAGAUGAUUGGAGCCAUCUUGUGCACAGUUCCAAAGUUUGGACAUCUUUUGCACGGGUAAAAUGGUUGGAGCCAUCUUGUGUACAGGUCAAAUGGUUGGAGCCAUCUUGUGUUCCAGUCAGUGGUGGGAGCCAUAUUGUGUACAGGUCAAGUGGUUGGACCAAACUGUGUACAUGUCAAAUGGUUGGAGCCAUCUUGUGUACAGGUCAAAUGGUUGGAGCCAUCUUGUGUACAGGCCAAAUGGUUGGAGCCAUCUUGUGUUCCGGUCAGGGGUUGGAGCCAUAUUGUGUACAGGUCAACUGUGUACAUGUCAAAUGGUUGGAGCCAUAUGGUGUACAGGUCAAAUGGUAACAGCCAUUUUGUGUAUGGGUGAAGUGAUUGGAGCCAUUUUGUGUACAGGUCACAUGGUUACAGCCACCUUGUGUACAGGUCGGUUGUAGCCAUUUUGUGUGCUGGCCAAAUGAUUUAAGUCCAGUAACAUACUGUAAAUCUUCAACGUUUUUGAUCUAAGACGCACUUUUUUUCAGUGGAAUUUAUGCAAACAAUGAUUAUGAAAAUUCUUUGUGUCCGUAAAUACACAAGUUCCAUAAAACUGUGCAAAUCAUUUCUCUAUCACCUAUAGUUCUCUCGGAAUGUUGCAAAAUAUUGGUUGCAGAGGUGGAUGAAAAGGUUGAAGAAUGAGGGUAAGCUACACGUAUAGGUGUGUAAUGGGUUGGGCUCGGUUGUCUGCAAGUCCAGUGGUUGAGAGGCGGGUCUCUGUCUUGAAUUUUGUAGCAUAAACAGUAAAAAUACACCUGAAAUAUAGAGCAUGUUCAUACUAAAUGCAUCUGCUCAUCAGAAUUUCUGAUUUAAUUAAAAAAAUAUGUUUGUAUGUAUGAAAAGUUAUCUGUUAGGAUUAUGCAACGGUACAUACAGUUUUAUAUAUGUACUACUGUGAAAAAGACAUUCAAAACAUGUUAAUCUUGAUUAAAGUCACAUGCACUUCUUGUAAUUCUUGGGCUGAAAACGUAUGUGGUGUUGGAGUCGAGAUUUGAUUGGUUGGAAAGCCCUGAUUUACACAAGUCUGUCUGUGAGUCCGGUGCUCUUAGAGAGAGGGUCAGUUCUUGAAGUGUACUUACUGUUAAGUACAGCCCUUUAAAAAUACAGCAAAGUUAAAUUUAUGUUUCUUGUAGGAUAGCAUAAUGAUGGUAGUUAAAGGAUAAUACAUGUAAUGUAUGGUUUUUUGUUUUUUUUGUUUUGUAUUUUUCAAACGCUGAAUACUGAUCAUCAUGUAGGUGCAAUUCAUGAAACUGGUCCCUGUUUAAUCACUGUCAUCUGUUAUCAUUCAUCUGUUACACUGUACAAGUUACAAAUUUCAUCUCACAAUGAAAGAAAAGA